CUGGAAACAUCUACAGCUGAUAACAAAGCAUGUCGUGGUGAUGUUAUCAGUAUUAACUGCUCAGCUAAUGCUGUUCCGUCUGUGACAUUAUAUCAGCUGUUCGAGAAUGACAUUGCUAUCUUAGACACAUCAGGAAUAUGGACCAGAAACUUUAAAACUGGAGGAAGGUUCACCUACCAAUGUGUGGCCAACAACUCUUUGGGAACAGGACAAAGUGCAAAUGUUACUGUUACUGUCAAUGUGGCUUCAUCCAUACAACCAAUAGAGAAACAGACAGUAAUGGAGGGUUAUGAUUUGACUGUGUUGUGUAAUGCGUCUGGGAUUCCUCCGCCAAUGCUGACUUGGAUCAAGGUUGGCGGCGGUGAUGUGAGUACUAAUGGAAGUGAGCUGGUGUUCACAAACAGUAGCAGAACUCAAGCUGGAGAAUAUAGGUGUGAGGCCAGUAAUGAGUGUGGCAAUGCAUCGGAGACAGUAACAGUUGAAGUGCAGUUCAAACCAGACAAUGUGCAAUUGGAAACAUCUGCAGCUGAUAACAAAGCAUGUCGUGGUGAUGUUAUCAGCGUUAACUGCUCAGCUGAUGCUGUUCCAUCUGAGAUAUCAUAUCGGCUGUUGGAGAAUGACAUUGCUAUCUUUGACACGUCAGGAAUGUGGACCAGGAACUUUACAACCGAAGGAACGUUCAUCUACAAAUGUAUGGCUAACAACACUUUGGGAACGGGAGAUAAUGCAAGUGUUACUGUUACUGUCAAUGUUCCAUCCUUCAUACAGCCAAUACAAAAUAAGACAAUAGAUGAAGGUGAAAAUGUGACUGUGUCAUGUAAUGCCUCUGGGACUCCUCCACCAAUGGUGUCUUGGAUCAAGGUUGAUAGUGGUGAGCGUUUUGAUGCAAGUGAGUUAGUGUUCACCCAUAUAAACAGAAGUCAAGCUGGAGAAUACAGGUGUGAGGCCAGUAAUGAGUGUGGCAAUGCAUCAGAGACAGCAACAAUUGAAGUGCAGUAUCCAUCAGAGAAUGUGCAAUUGAAGACGUCUGCAGCUGACAACAAAGCAUGUGAAGGUGAAACUAUCGGCAUUAACUGCUCAGCUGAUGCUGUUCCAUCUGUGACAUCAUAUCAGCUAUUGGAGAAUGGCUCUGUGGUAUCAGACACAUCAGGAAUGUGGAGCAGGACAUUAUCAAGUGGAGGAGUGUUCAUCUACAAAUGUGUGGCUAAUAACUCUUUAGAAUCAACAGAAAGUGAAAGUGUCACUGUGACUGUCAAUGGUAAGUACAAAAUUAACUGCUAUCUUGUUGGGUACCAAGUAGUUUACAGUUUGGAUACAUGGUCAGUGUAUUGCAAAAUGCGAUGAGGUGUAAACGUUUACCUUUUGUAUUAAUUUACAUGUACA